AAAUAUAGCGCAUCAUAGUCGCUCAAAAAAUAAAAUGUUCUCAUUGUGAUACUAAAGUCUUCACUCGUCCAAAUGCCAACAUACGACGAUCCACGUCCGUGGAUCGUCGCACAGGCCCAGGAUGACGUCCGCACCCGCACCCCAUCUACAUCAUCGCGCCCACCACCAACAUUAAAACUCGCCGCCUCCUCAGCCCUCCCACCCAAAACACCACCAGCACGCAGCACUCAUCCGCCCAAACACAAAAAACACAAACAAUAACCCCACGCACCCCGUUCCCCGCACCAUGAGCCCAUCCGACGCCGACGUCCUCGCGACGUUCCGCGCGCGCGUGAACAUGUCUGCCGACGAGCUCGCGGCGUGGCUCGACGACCCGGAGAGCGCGCACGCAGGCACGGGCGUCGGGCUCGACAGCGGGCGGCGCAUCCUCGCGAUCUUGCGGAAGAACCCCAAGGGGGACCCGAAGGGCUACGACGAGGAAGACGUGAAGCACAUGCGCAAGGUCGUCGCGUGA